AUGGGGACUUUGAAAAAGAACACUGAGGAAAUGGAAAAAGAAGUAGAACAAAUGAAACAGUCCCAGAAAAAUAUUGAGGAUUCUAUCACGGAUCUCAAGUGCCGAAGCAUGGAAAAUAACCUACUAUUCUAUGGGCUAGCUGAGUAUAAUGGAAAUAGGAGGGAGAAUUGUGUGAGACUGAUAAACGAUUUCUGUGAGACAGAAUUGGAAACUCCAAAUGUCAGACAACAGAUAGAAAGAGCGCACAGGAUUGGACAGCUUAACCGAGAAAAUACAAACCCGAGACCUAUCGUGGUUAAGUUUUCCACAUUCAGGGAGAGGGAAAGGAUAAGGAAAAAAGCUACAAAGCUGUCAUCCACACCAUACAGGAUCCAGGAACAGUAUCCGAAAGAAAUAUAUGAGCAGCGAAAGCAGCUAUAUCCAAAACUGAAUGAAGCUAGUUACGGGGCAAGACAGCAAGACUCAUCAAAAACAAACUGA